AUGAAUACGACGGCGCGGUAUCUUUUGCUUAUUCUGGGUGUCGUGAUCAGUGUCCAUUAUAUCCUAUCAUUUACCCACCAGGAGUAUGGGCGUAUAACGUCCUUGGACAAUAUCGUAUCCCACUUUCAUGGAGGCGCUGACACGGCUGCGGAGCUGUUCCCCGUGCCCGACGAGUAUUUCGCUCCUAGCCCCAACACGACAGUCCAUGGCCGGCGGGCUAAUGCCACGUUCGUCAUCCUCGCACGGAACACCGAUCUUCAAGGAGUGAUUGGGAGCAUUCGCGAGAUCGAGGAUCGGUUUAAUAGACAGUACAACUACCCCUACGUCCUGUUGAAUGAAGAGGAGUUCUCAGAGGACUUUAAGAGGAGAGUAUCUGUGAUAACAUCAUCGAAAAUGGAGUUUGGCUUGAUCCCGCGUGAACACUGGUUUCAGCCGGAUUGGAUAGACGAGGAAAAGGCCAAGGCGGCGAGGGACCAGAUGGUUGCUGAGAAUGUCAUCUACGGAGGCAGCGUCUCCUAUCGCAACAUGUGCCGGUUCAAUUCCGGUUUCUUCUUCAAGCAUCCCCUCAUGGAACAGUACCGCUGGUACUGGAGGGUAGAGCCUAACGUCCAUUUCCAUUGCGACGUCAACUUUGAUCCGUUCGUGUUCAUGGAAGACAACGACAAGGUUUACGCAUUUACGAUUACCAUGUACGAGUUCGAGCGGACUAUUCCAACAUUAUGGGGUCACGUCAGGGAUUUUGUGGAGCUCCACCCCGAGUACGUCGUCGAGGACAACGCGAUGGGGUUCCAGUCUGAUAACGGAGGCUUGAAUUACAAUUUAUGUCAUUUCUGGAGUAACUUUGAGAUCGCCGAUAUGAGUUUCUGGCGCGGGCCGGCGUAUCAAGCGUUCUUUGAGUAUUUGGAAUCUAGAGGUGGGUUUUAUUAUGAGAGGUGGGGCGAUGCCCCUGUGCAUAGUAUUGCGGCGUCGUUGUUUGCGAGGAAGGAUCAGCUACAGUUCUUUGAUGAGAUUGGGUACGAGCAUAAUCCGUAUACGCAUUGUCCCAGGAAGGAGGAGAGCUGGAAGCGAGGCAAGUGCUCUUGUGAUCAGAAAAGGAGUUUCGAUUAUGAUGGAUACUCGUGUCUAAGGAGGUGGGAUAGACUUAUGGAGGCGUGA